AUGCCCAUAUUGGCGCCGCCGCGACCCGCCACACAGGUGGUGCCCACUGAGGUGUACCGCAGCUCGUCGACCAUACAGAUACGCUUCCGGAAGAACUAUUUCUCGGACCAGAACGGACAGGUGCGCAUGUACACGAUCAUUGUGGCCGAGGACGAUGCCAAGAAUGCCUCCGGCUUGGAGAUGCCCAGCUGGCUGGAUGUACAGUCGUAUAGCGUCUGGUUGCCCUACCAGGCCAUCGAUCCUUAUUACCCGUUCGAGAAUCGUUCCGUUGAGGACUUUACUAUCGGCACCGAGAACUGUGACAACCAUAAAAUCGGCUACUGCAAUGGACCCCUCAAAUCCGGCACCACCUAUCGCGUCAAGGUGCGCGCCUUCACCGGACCCGACAAGUUCACCGACACGGCCUACAGUUUUCCCAUACAAACCGAUCAAGACAACACCUCGCUGAUUGUGGCCAUUACGGUGCCGAUGACCAUAAUCCUGGUGCUGCUGGUCACGUUGGUUUUCUACAAGCGACGUCGCAACAAUUGCCGCAAGACCACCAAGGACUCGCGUGCCAAUGAUAACAUGUCCCUGCCGGACAGCGUCAUCGAACAGAAUCGGCCCAUUCUGAUUAAGAACUUUGCGGAACAUUAUCGCCUGAUGUCCGCCGACUCGGACUUCCGUUUUAGCGAGGAGUUCGAGGAGCUGAAGCAUGUCGGCCGGGAUCAGCCCUGCACAUUCGCCGACCUGCCCUGCAAUCGGCCCAAGAAUCGCUUCACCAACAUUCUACCCUACGAUCAUUCGCGCUUCAAGCUGCAGCCCGUCGACGAUGACGAGGGCUCCGACUAUAUCAAUGCCAACUAUGUGCCCGGCCACAAUUCGCCACGCGAAUUCAUUGUCACCCAAGGACCGUUGCAUUCCACGCGCGACGACUUCUGGCGCAUGUGCUGGGAGAGCAACUCGCGGGCGAUUGUCAUGCUGACACGCUGCUUCGAGAAGGGCCGCGAAAAGUGCGAUCAAUACUGGCCCAACGAUACGGUGCCCGUGUUCUACGGCGAUAUCAAGGUGCAAAUACUCAACGACAGCCACUACGCCGACUGGGUCAUGACCGAGUUCAUGUUGUGUCGGGGCAGUGAGCAGCGCAUAUUGCGUCACUUCCAUUUCAUUACAUGGCCCGAUUUCGGCGUACCGAAUCCUCCACAGACGCUGGUGCGUUUCGUGCGCGCGUUCCGGGAUCGCAUCGGUGCCGAGCAGCGUCCCAUUCUGGUGCACUGCAGCGCUGGCGUUGGCAGAUCGGGCACCUUCAUCACAUUGGAUCGCAUUCUGCAGCAGAUCAAUACGUCCGACUAUGUGGACAUUUUCGGCAUAGUCUAUGCCAUGCGCAAGGAGCGCGUUUGGAUGGUGCAAACGGAGCAGCAAUACAUUUGCAUACACCAGUGCCUGCUGGCGGUGCUCGAGGGCAAGGAGAACAUUGUCGGUCCCGCCCGAGUCAUGGACGACAACGAGGGCUUUGAAGGCGCAGAUGCUCAGCUGGAGGAGCAUGGCGCGAUCGUGGCCACCAUCGAGGAUCAUCUGCAGCUGCAGCUGCAACAGGCCGAGGCGGAGGCCAUUGACGACGCGAAUGCCGCAAUUAUCCACGACGAUCAGCAGCCCCUCACGAGCAGCUUCGGGGUCGGCGUCGGCGUCGGGGUGGGUCUGGGUCUGGGUCUGGGUUUGGGUCAUGGUAUGGCAACGAACUCGAUGAGCUCGUUCGGCGUGGUCGAGGGGCCGGACAGAUGACAUUCGGCGGCGGUCAAUCAGAGCGAGAACAACAAUUCGGUUGUGAUUGUUCUGGUUGACAACAAGCCCAGCUCGAUGAUCUGCAAGGAGGGCAGCCGUGUCGACAUCGAUUCGCAGGGCAGAGAGCCGGCUGGCAAGACCUUGGGCAAUGGCUACAAUACGCUCCAGCACAGACGCAAAUCGCAGUUGAUCACAUUCAGCGCCAGCUCCUGUGAUAUCAAGAACAGUCUCAGCCACGAGCUAAUCCCAACCGUUGGUCGGAACAAUGUGCGCUUGAGCUUUGCCGAGGAGGAGCCCAAGCCGGAUGAGGAUGUCUAUCGGCGACGCUCGCUCGAGCUGGGCGUGGAGCUGCAGCUGAAGGAGCAAAUGGCUGAGGAGCAGCAGCGACACGAACAGGAUGAGGAGGAGGAGGAUGAGGAGGUGCCGGAAGAUGUGCUCUACAUGCACGACGAAUUCGAGACGCACAUCGACACCAAAUCGAACAACGCGAACGAUGACAGCGGCGGCGGCAGCUACGAGGAUUCGCAUGCGCUGCACAGCUCGCUCGGCGGCAGCAAUCGCAACAGCUUGGAGAAGGACGACGAUGACAUCGAGGUGGAUGUCAUCAGCACCGAUGUCAGCUGCUAUGACCAGCUCCUGGGCAAUUCCUCGGCUCCCGCCGAUCACGAUCACGAUCACGAUGCGGAGGAGGAGGACAUUGCCACGCUCAUCGGCGAUGCGGAUGGCUACAGCAAGCUGGGGGGCAAGUUGGGGGUCACAGGUGUCGCAACUGGUUCUGGGUCUGGUCUAGGUCUUGGUCUGGGGGGUGUGUCCAAUCUGGCUGCACUGGAGGCAGCUGCUGGCGGCGGCGGCGGCGGCGGCGGCAACGGUGGCAUCAUCUAUGCCAAUCCUUUCAUGGGUUUGUAAUAUUUCACGCAAUCUCUCUCUCUCUGUCUACCUCUCUCUCA